GUGAUCAGUAUAAAAAUUAUAUAGACAUGAAUAUACUAAUAAUAGACCGAUAAGUAUUAAAUAGUAAAUACACGAAUAACGUUCGAUUGUUAUUAGUUUUAAUACAAUAUUGCAUAACAUUAAACAUGCAUUUAGUAUAUCCUAUUUUAUUAUAGGUACUGUGUGCUUUUUUAAAUCGACGUAACUGAGUUAAAAGCUACUUCGUCAUGGGUCCAAGAAAAAAGAAGUUCAAUAAUAGACAUUCUAACCAAAAUGAUCAAAAUUUUAAAAACAGAGCUAAAGAUUUCAAAAAUUCAUCACAAUUGAAAAAUGCAGAUAAUAAUACAUAUGAUAUUAAAUCAUCUAAAACGAAAAAUGAACUGUUACAAUCAAAUAAUUCUGAUCAACAAGAACAGAAAUAUAAACAAAAAUCAUCUAUUAAUGAAUCGUAUAAUGAUAAAACUAUUCAAAAUAAAAUUAUAGCUAACAUUAAUUUUAAAUUUGGAUACAAACGACUCGAAGAAUUAUACUUUAAGGACCCUCCUGAAAUUGUGUUUGUGAUGUCAAAUAAAGUUAACGGAUUCAUGGACUUAUUCAAACAAAAUAAAGAACCAGAUUGGAUUUAUUUGCUUAUGAAAGUUACUGCUAAGAUUUGUUCUACUGAGUUAAUAGAAAGCAAACAUUUUUUAUUAACAGAACUUAUGUGUAAUCAAUUUUUUGAUCAUCUAAAAACAUAUAUACUGAGUACACCAACUGAAAAAAAUGUUAAUCGAUGCAACAAUAUGAAUACAUUUUAUGAAGAUUGUUUAAUUGUAUUUCAAUCUAUAACAACAUUGUUUCCAAAAACAGCUAAAGAAAGAUUAAAGGAAAUAAUAGUAAGUAGUAAUAUUGCUUUAAAUGGUAUUAAAAGUUAUAGUAAUCAUAUUAAAAUUAAUGAGGCUACAAUGAUUCAAAUGAAUGAUUUGCUUCAAAAAAUCAAUGAUACUAAGUUAACAGAGGAAUUAAAAUUAAAAGAAAAAUUAGUAAUUGAAAAUAUUGCCCAAAUUAUGCCUCCACCUGAGAAUUUUAGAGAACUAACCGUUUAUCCAACCGCAAUAGAUCUUGAAUAUGGAGAACCAUUUUUACGACCUAACAUUACCAAAGGAGCUUACCAGAAUGUAGAACACUAUUUAGAUGUUCAAUUUCGUCUUUUACGAGAAGAUUUUAUUGCUCCACUGCGGGAAGGUAUACAAUUUUAUAAAGACAAGAUAAUAAAUUAUCAGCAUCAACAUCGAAAAAAAAUUAAUAAUAUACGUGUUUAUGGUAAUGUUAAAUUUGAAAAUAAAGGUGAUUUUGUUCGUGAUAAAUAUGGUUAUUUAGUUAACUUUGACGAAAAAAAAAAAUUAAAAAUAAACUGGGAAAUGGCAAAACGAUUUAUGAAUGGUUCUUUUUUGCUAUUUUCUGGAAAUGAUUUUAGAACUUUUUUUAUGGGUAUUGUUUUGGAGAGUAAGAUUGAAUUUUUGAAAGAAGGAAAAAUAAAAGUAGAAUUAUUAGAAGAUGCACAACCUUUAUUUAACACAUAUCUUACCAUGGUAGAGAGUGAAGUAUAUUUUGAACCAUAUAAAUGCUCAAUGCAAGUUUUAAAAAAUAUUAAUAUUAAUAAAUUCCCAAUGGAAAAGUAUAUAAUAUCAGCUUAUAAUAAGAUAGAUUAUCCAUAUUACCUUAAAAACUUACCUGAAGAUUACAACUAUGCAAUUGACUUAAACAUUUUUUUUAAAGUUCAGAAUGAUGAUAAUUGGCCUACUAAAGAAGAGCUAGGACUUGAUGAAAUGCAAUUUGAAGCAUUUAGAGCAGCGUUGACGCAAGAAUUCACAGUAAUCCAAGGACCACCAGGUACUGGAAAAACGUUUUUAGGAUUGAAAAUUAUGAAAACAAUUAUAAGUAAUUUAUAUAAGAAUAAAUUUCUCACUAAACCAAUUUUAGUAAUAUGUUACACAAACCAUGCCCUUGAUCAAUUUAUAGAAGGAAUAUUGAGUUUCACAAACAAAAUUGUUAGAAUUGGUGGUCAGUCCAAAUCAAAAAUUGUAGAAGAAUACAAUUUAAAGAAUAUAGCUCGUUUAUACAAAAGAUCUGUAACUACUAAUAAGGGUUUAAGAAAUGUAGAAGAUAAACUAAAAACUAUUACGCAUAACAUAAAAUAUUUUAAGAAGUGUAGUGAAUUUAUUUCAUAUAAUGCUGGAAUAUUAGAGUUAUCAUUGUUGAAAAAUGGUAUGCCUAAACAAUAUCAUCAUUUUUUUAAAACAACUUUGGAUCUUCUCUAUUGGUUAUUUCAAGAUUUUGAUUAUUUUAGUGUAGACCCAAUUGGGUUUAUAUCUGGAAUUAAUAAUGAGUUGAUAAAUAAAGUUUUUCAUUCAGAAAAAUUGUUACAAAGUAAAAAAGAAGUAUAUGAAGAUAAUGAUGAUGAAGCAAAGCUGUAUGAACCAGAUUAUUUAGAUUUAGAAGAUAGUCAUAAAGAUAUUGUUAUUUAUAGUUUAACAUUGGAUGACGUCAAAAAAGCUUGUUCAGAUCUACUUAAGGAGAAUAUACGAUUAAGGGAUCAAUCAAAUUUGGAUGUAAAUUUUUUUAAUGAAUUUGAAGAAGCCAAAUUCAAUUUUGGCGUAAUGGAAAAUAUACAUGACUAUUUUCUAUACAUGUUGAAUAUGGCUGAUGCUGAUAUUAAACUCCCAAGGUCAAUUAAAAAUGUAUAUUUAUUAGACAUGAGACAAAGAUGGUCUUUAUAUUUCCAUUGGGUAAAAAAAACAAAAGAGUUGUUUGAACCAAAAAUAAGAAAUUAUGAACAAAAUUAUACUCAAGUUUAUAAGCAAUUUAAUGAAUUAAGAGAAUUGGAAAACGUAGAGCUUAUAAAGAACAUGCAUGUUAUAGCAUUAACUACUACUGGUGCUGCUAAACACAGAAUAAUGCUGGAAGGAUUAGAAUCACCAAUUGUUGUUGUUGAAGAAGCUGCUGAAGUUUUAGAAGCACACAUAGUAUCUUCAUUAACAAAUCACUGUCAACAUCUUAUAUUAAUUGGUGAUCAUAAACAACUGCGUCCUAGUAAUGCAGUGUAUAAGUUGGCAAAAAAUUAUAAUUUUAAUAUUUCGUUGUUUGAACGUAUGGUUAAUAACGAAAUACCUUGUUACACGUUGGGUGAACAACAUAGAAUGCGCCCUGAAAUAGCAUCUCUAAUAUGUCCAUCAAUAUAUAAUGAUUUGAAAAAUCAUAUUUCUGUUUACAAUAGAGAACAUAUUCGCGGUGUUACCAAAAGUAUAUUCUUUCUAAAUCAUAAUAUGAAUGAAAAUGAAGUUGAGGAAAUUUCAAGCAAAAGUAACGAUCAUGAAGCUAGAUUUUUAAUUAUGUUUGCUAGGCAUUUAAUUUUACAAGGAUAUAAAACAGAACAAGUGACAAUAUUAACAAUGUACAGUGGUCAAUUAUUUCUUUUUCGUUCAUUAAGAAAACAACAUAAAGACUUAGAAGGCAUGAAAAUCACUGUGGUAGAUAAUUAUCAAGGAGAGGAAAGUGACAUAAUAUUAUUAUCAUUAGUUAGAAGUAAUGAAAACGGAAAUGUAGGAUUUUUAAAAACUGAGAACAGAAUAUGUGUUGCAUUAUCGAGAGCUAAGUAUGGACUUUAUAUAAUGGGUAACAUGGACAAUUUGUACAAUUCUGGCAAUCUAUGGAAACAAAUAAAAGAAACAUUAGUAAAUCAGGAUUCAUAUGGUGAUGAAUUGACUUUAGAAUGUGCCAUUCAUUCUGGUAUUAUGACAAAGGUGGCAAAAGGUGACGAUUUCAAUAUAAUCAUAGAAGGCGGUUGUUCAAAGUUAUGUAAAUCAUUGCUAUUGUGUGGUCAUUAUUGUACAAGUAUAUGUCAUUCUUAUGACCAUGAACAUUUAGAAUUUAAAUGCAUGGAGCUGUGUAACAAGUCUUGUGUUUAUAAUCAUCCUUGUAAGAAAAUAUGUUAUAAGGAUUGUGGAGAGUGCACUGUACCAUUGAUUAAAGAAUUACCAUGUGGGCACCAAUUGACAUUAUCAUGUUAUAUUGAUAUUUUUACUUAUCCAUGUGCAGAAAUGGUGGAAUUUGUCCUCGAAAAAUGUGGUCAUACAAUCUUAAAAAAAUGUUCUGACAAAGAACCAAAAUGUACAUAUAAAUGUAUAGAUCGGUUAGAAUGUGGUCAUGCUUGUGAAAAAAAUUGCCACAAGAAUGAUGAUCCAGAACAUGAGAAGUAUAAUUGCAUCAAACCAUGUGAAAAUAUAAAUAAAAAAUGUUUUCUUAAUCACAAAUGUGAAAAAAUGUGUUAUGAAGAUUGUUCAUUAUGUACAGUCAAAGUUGAGAGAAUUCUGGCUUGUGGACAUGUAAAAAAUGAUGUUCCUUGUGGAUUAAGUAUUGAUGAAAUUAAAUGUAUUCUUCCGUGUGAACGUCCAUUAAAGUGUGACCAUAAGUGUCAAUCCCAAUGCUAUGAAAAAUGUAAACCUUGUGAAAAUCAAGUAGAAAAAAUUAUACCAGAUUGUGGUCAUUCAAUUAUAAUAAAAUGUAAAUCUAUACCAGAACGUAAGCACUGCUCUAAGAAAUGUGAUCGAAUUUUAGAUUGUGGACAUUUAUGUAAGAAUUUAUGUGCAAAAAAAUGUACAACUAAAGAUUGUGAAGAAAUAGUAUUGCAAAAAAAUGAUAAACUCGCUUGUGGCCAUAAUAGUGUUUGGGUUUUAUGUUGUGACAAAGAUAAAGAGUUCAGUCUGGACAGCCAAUAUCUUCUUGAUAAAUGCCGUGAACCAUGCCAACAAAAAUUAAAUUGUAACGAUAUUUGUUUGGGAACUUGUGGAGAGUGUAAACAAGGACGUUUACAUGUACCUUGCAGUGAGAUUUGCAAUAAGAUAAACCCAUGCAAUCAUACAUGUAAAUUUCCCUGUAAAGAACGAUGUCCACCAUGCAAUCAGAAAUGCAUCUAUUCUUGUGUGCAUUCUAGAUGUAGUAGGGUAUGUGGUAAACCCUGUGUACCGUGCAAGGAAAAAUGUGAGUGGAAGUGUCCACAUUUGAAAUGCACUAGAAAAUGUCAUGAAUUGUGUAAUCGAAAACCUUGUUAUGAACCUUGCAUGUUAAAGUUGAAAUGUGGACAUAAAUGUAUAGGUUUUUGUGGUGAACCAUGUCCUCCCCUAUGUCGAAUUUGUCAAGAGAUAGACGUUAUUACAAUAGUUUUUGGAAAUGAAGAUGAUCCAAAUGCAAGAUUUAUUUAUUUAGAAGAUUGUAAACACUCAAUUGAAUCAGAAGCUUUAACGAAAUGGAUGAACCAAAAUGAUGAAGAAAUAUGUUUGAAACAGUGUCCACUAUGUAAAACACCGAUUUUAAAAACUCAACGUUUUAUGAACCAAGUAAAAGUUAUAUUAGAAGACGUAUCAAAAAUAAAAAUAAUUCAGUAUGGAGAACUAGCUUUGAUUCGUUGCAAAAUGAAGACAUUGAUUGAUUCAUUAAAAUUUUUGGACAAAAAUUUUUAUUUAAAUUAUAUUGGUUUUAAAAAUCCUUGUAUCAAAAAUUUAUGGAAUACAUUUUGCAAGCCUUUAUUAGGUUUUACGAGUAAUAAGCGUUCAAAGUUCACUUUACCUGCUAAUGAUAUUGAGUCAUUAAACUUUGUUAUUGACUUGUUUACUACUACUUCAAAGUUUAAAAUCAGAAUAAAAGAAAUCAACGAUGUACAGAAAAAAAAAAUUAUUAUUAAUCACUUUGAUUGGAUUCUUUCUGUUGCUUUCACUUAUGCACAACAGUUGUCAAAUCAGCAAAAAAUUGAUAUAAGCAUGGAGAUGGCACGUGGUUCAAGGAUUAUAAGUUUAUUUGAAAUCAUGUCCAAUACAAAAUUUCAGAUGGCAGUUAAUAUGCAAACUUCUGAUACAAAUGAAAUUAAAAAAACAGUAGAUAACAUGGAGGCUUUGUUGUUGUCAUGCAAUGUGUAUACAUUAAGUAAAGAUCAGAAUAUACAAAAUUUAACAGAAGAAAUCCAACAAAAAAUUGAUGGUCUUCCAUUAAUAACCGACAAAGAAAGACAAAUGAUUCAUGCAGCUAUGUCUACUAGUUUUGCAGAAGGCAUAAAAGCUCAGGGACAUUGGUGUAAAUGUCCAAAUGGUCACAUUUAUUGUGUUACAGAAUGUGGAGGACCAAUGCAGCAGUCUAUUUGUCCUGAUUGUAAAGUACCAAUAGGGGGACAAAGUCAUAGACAUGUUUUAGGGAUUACUGUUGCAUCAGAGAUGGAUGGUGCUAGAAAUCUUCGGUUUCAGCAAUAGUUAUUAAUUAAAAUAUAAUUUGGUUUUUAUUAAAAUUAUACAAGUUAAUUUUAUAUUUGUAUGUCAAAUUUCAGGUUUUAUUCUUAUAUUAUUAUUUAAAGUAUGUUUUAUUAAUA